AUGCCUCUUUCACGGCUGGCCAAGGCGCGAAGCAAAACGAGCGUGGUGGAACCAAAUGAGACGAAAAGGGAGGAGAGACCGCCGCGUUAUUCCAUCGCGGAUCUGCAGAGCAGACGUGUGGUCACUACUCAGCGUCAAUUACUGCGUCGACAAUUCAGCGACCAAUCUACAGAAGCACUGAGGUGUGGUACCUUGUUCGACGGGAGUAUACCGCAUCUCACCAAAGCUUCAUCAUCGUCGGUACUCAAUCAGCCGAUUGACAGCCCGAGCUCUCCACCCGCAACUCCCGAAGCGAGUGCUGAUGUGGCGCGACCGUUGGGGUCACCAACGGACAAGCUUGACGUUGAGCAUGCCAUCGACUUGCUGCAGCAAUUGAAGAAAACAGCAUCACCCGAGGAACUCGUGGCUCUGCAUAGAGCUCUUUUGCCUGUCAAGGAAGUCUCACCAAUAUAUUCGCCGCAAUCAGGGUCAGGCGAAGAUUCUCCAUUCUCUGCCGCAGUUCCGCCUGAGAGGAGAAGGUCUGUGUUGCCUCCGGGAUUGGCCACUCGAAACGGACUUACUGAGGACGUAUUGAGAAAGCCUGGGAGUAACGCGACAGUCCGCGCAGCCUCGAGAGAGCGAAGGGAGAUGUGGGUGCAUGGAUCCCAGCCUGGUGCGGGCAGCAAGCCGGAUUAUACCAAAGACCCGUCUUCCACACGGCCAGAAACACCGUCCGAGCAGCCCAACACUGGAACCUACCACCCCGGGACUCUUCGCAUCACGAACGGUGCUGCAUCGCCGGAGCCGGGCGUCAUCUCGAAGAUUGCUGCCACUGGAGAGGGAGUUGCGGACCAGGAUACAAGUGUUGCCGCCAACGUGGGCAAGGUGCAACACUCUGAGCGACCUCGUCCGAGCGGCCCUCGGCAUUCCCAUCGGAAUUCUCGAGCCAUCGAAGAGUCUGAACAUGAGUCUGCCGGAAUACAACGAUCUCGUUCGGCUUCAAUCUCAAAGCCAAGCGCUGAGAUGGGGCGAAAAUCCUUGGAUCAACCGAACAGUCUCCCGAAUUCGCCCCACAAGGCCCGUUUCAAACAGAGAUGGAGCCAUCGCGCAGCACACCUCCCAUCACAGUCCAUGGUCGAUGCGGAUACCGCGCUUGACGGAAAAGCGGCUCAAAUGGAGCUGUUCAAACGCCUGAGCUCUGUGCCUGAUGUGGAGACUGAUGAGGCGAACCAAGAAGAGUCGCAUGCAGGUGCAAUAUCCAAACUCACAAGCGAAAGCAUGCCAGCAGCCGACAACAACAGAGCUUGGAUGCCAUGGUCUGCAGAGCAGCUAGCGAGUAGCCUUCCGGACCACGUCGACAUUGCACCUCCCCGAAGGCCGCUGAACAAGGUAGACAGUGACUAUCAGUCUGAUGUGGCCAGUUGGCAGCAGUCGCAACUGGUUCUCAGAAGUGCAAGUCAACUUGAUGAGCCGAGWGCACUUGCUCGCACAGAGCCUCGGACUCACGGACGCGAGCAGGGCGUACAUCGGACUGGCACAGGAGGGCUGGUUCUGCCCGAACAUGCAGGCAAGUACAGCAAUGGAGAAGCCCUGGGUGGACCUCACAUGGAGCCACAUUUGACUAGAACCGACAGGGGCCGAUCAUCGCCCUUGUCAUUCCUACGGCGAAACAAAGGCAUGAGGGGUAGUGUCUCGUCGAUGAACGAUGUAGUGGGAAAUUCACUGCGCCCACAAAGCUCACCCCUAUCCGGAUCAGACACUGACUCCGGGAAGCACUCGAAGAGGCUCCAAAAACGGGCUCCAAAGUCUUCCCGCUCGCAAAGGACACUUGAAGGUUGCAUGCGCCCCUCGAUCGAUGAGCGCGACGGAUCACCUGCACGGGAGGAAAUGCGGCAAUUGAGGUCUCCACGCUCAGAUCUCCUGCUUGCAUCUGGUGAAACCACUCGGACUUCUACCCCAGAUACUCUAGGUGAAAGCAGCCAUCGAUUCAGACUGCGUGGCAAGAGUUUCGGUAGAAGCCGAAGCCAUACAAACGCUUUGGCCCCCAACCAAGACAUUGUUCUGCAAACCCCAUCAUUCAGGAACCGAGUCAAGAGGAGCAUCAGCUCCAGCGGCCCCCCGCCGGUUAUACCGGAGGAGACUCGUGGAACCAACUGCUUGAGUAGCACCGGGACAGAGCACCAGCACACGAAUCGCCCAACAUCCGACUUUCAGACUGUUGCUCGCGCUCUUGCAUCACAUCCACCUUAUGAGUUUUCGGAAAAGAAUCGGAGCGUCGCUCUACCAAAAUUUGUGCACAGCCGCCAACAGUCACACCAAGAGAACAACCAAAGCCAAAGUGUACCACAUCCACCAUUCGCGGAGCUUCCGCCCAACGAGCAUGUCCCAACAGCGGCGACGCCGGCGCCCUUGGAGGGCAACGAUCGCGUUAUCCCUAUUGGAGCCCAUGGAGCUGUGGAAGACUUGUUCCCCGGAUGGCAGAGCCGCCCCGCAGCGACACCAUCGCCUGCGUCCACACCUUCGCCAACGUUCUUACAAGUGCGGCAACCCCACCGGCCCCGCAGUCCGCUGAGUCUCAGUAGUGUUCCACCACUUCCAGAUCUUCCRUCUGAUAUCGAGUCAAAGCUUUCACGAGCGGACCAGAUGGUUGCAAAGAGGAUGAUGAACAGUCCGCGAAACUCUCCUCGAAACUCCCCAUUGCCGUCCAUGCGCAGUGAGAAUACUCUUUCAAGCCUUGCGAGAAAAGAUGCAUCCAAACCUGCCUCCCCGCAGAAGAGCGCGGGCGAGAUUGGAAGCCCACAGCCUACCCGUGGUAACAGGUUCAGCAUCGAUGGAAGCAUUCCGCUGCCUGAAGUGGAUGGGCGUUCUCAACCCACCUCCCCGACACACGACUCUCAACACCCAGGAUGGCCAGGCUGGCAGAAGCAGGCUGACUUGUGGCGGCAGCGCAAAGCCGAACUGKGUCAUGCUAUGAACAAUUCACUGGACAUGAGUGGUAAGAUUGUUGUUGGAGGUGAACAAUCCCCAUCUUCACCAAAGAUUGUUGUUUCGCGAUACAUCACUCCUCUUGGUGCCAACGAUACACAUGUUCAGUACCCCAACACUGCCGAGAAGCUGGCGGAAUCGUACGCCCAUCUUCUCAGCGAUGACUGGUCGGAUCAGCACGACGCACAGCGUACAGGCAGUGUCGACUCUACCGCACCAUCAACCACGCCAUCCUCUGAUGGGAAAGUCGCCAAGCUAGACGUCUCCUGGACGGGGAGUGUGGCUUCGAGCGCUUCCUCGAAUGCGUCUGCAACUGGCUCGCCAAACCCCUUUACAGACAAGCCGGCAACAACCAUAGCGGAACGUCCAUUUACUCCCUACCGAGCCGCCGAUGCCGUUCGAGCAGAGCGUUCACGUGCUCUCAGCCGCGCUCGUCGUACGUGCGACAUCCCACCUGGCAGUGUCGCACCAGGUAGCUUCUACAUCGCAGAGCCCCAUAACACAAGCAUGCCUCAACUGAGGGAUGCCACAGUACUUGAUCGGUAUAGCGGCGGACUUGGCUAUGGCUGGGAUCGUAGCACUGGAUUUGGAGGGAGUGCGGGUACCCUGUCUACCGACAACGUCAACCGAAAGAGUGUGAAGAUGAGUGAAGAUUUUGGCAUUGAUUUGAGCGAUGUUCCCGUCUUCUUGAGGAAGACCAACACGGCUAACGUGUGA